AAAAAAAACUUUCGUCAACUAUCCGGACGCAAAUUGCCAAAAUGAAUACUCCGUACAUGUUUUUUUGUUCACACCGAACAUGUAACAAGCGUUCAACGUUCUUCUACUCCCAUUUACUCCCACUACACGGACCAAUGAUUCAAUGAACCAAGCGUUCAUCCUUAACCAGUAACUCAUUAAUUAGUAAUUACACAUAUUUUUCUGCUGCUUUUUUGGUCUUUCCAUUUUACUUUCUACAAUUUGGUUUCUACUGUAGAGGAUUUUGGGAGAAAAAAAACCAUUGCUAGCAGACUAGGGUUUGCUUUAAACUUCCCGGCAACGGUCAGACCAUCGCCCCAUCUAGGAUAAACAACCAAUGUCUAAGGAUAAGACUAUUGCUUGUACCUCCACCCUCUGCAGAUUAACUACUCUUGGUUUUAACAAGGAUGAGGGGGCGGAGGAUCAAGAUCCGAAGACCUACAAUAAUAAGAGGAAGACCAUUCUAAGAAAAACCAUGGAGGACUCUCAGUUCUAUCAUUUGCUAAUGAUUAAAAACCACAGACAAACUACAGCAACUAUGGUUCAAGUUUUAUGCGAAUCAUACGAUGCAAAGAAAAGGGUGUUUAACAUUAACAAUAACACCACCAUUAAAUUCUGUGUUGAAGAGGUUGCUGAAUUGCUCGGGAUCCCUAACACCGGGUCUGAUCCUCUAUUGUUGUGUCGUUUCUCAAAAGAGAAGGAAGUAUUAAAAUUACCAACCUCUUUUCCUGACUAUGUUUAUGAGCUCAAAAACAAAUAUGCUGAUAAGCUAAUGAGUAGAGAGAAAACAAGUAAAUCAGAUGCAGGAAAGUGGGGAGUAAACUGGGAGAGAAGCAAACGGCAUUUGAGUACAGGUAGUUUGGUGAGCAUUUUAAAGAAGAUGGAGCCUAACAAUACGGAAAGUAGAAUGCAGUACAGACGCUUACUUUCUUAUUAUCUCGUAGAAACAUUUUUGUUGCCUUCGACUGAUGAACAAUUUUGUAGAACUAGCUUCUACAAAUGUGUUGAAGACUUGGAGAGAUUCGAAGCAACAAAUUGGGCAAAGGCAACUUUGGAUGGCAUCCAUGAAGCAGCUUCUAAAAUCAAGAAUGGUUUAAAUACCUUUAGGGGUUGUACUCCUGUUUUGAGGCAUUAAUAUUUGAAAGAAUAUCAUCUUUGAGGCCAAAAGUAAGACAAGACCAAAAUGAAUGUCUACCAAUCGAGAAAUAUUUGGGCAAGAAGAUUAGUAUAGAUGAAGUGAAAAAGAUUCUAGGCGAAUUGACUCCCAAUGAUAUUAAGAGUUGCCAAUUUUGUGAUGGUUCGGUAGAGCUGAGGAACCGCAGCCAAUCUAAAGGUGAAUCUUCACAACCCAAUUUGGUGAACCAUGCUAAGCGAGUCACCAGGUCUACAUUGAAACGCAACUGCACACAGUUUGAAAGUGAUCACCUUCAAUCUAGCAGAAAGGAGUUUGUCAGGAAGUGUAAAAGCAAACCUGAAUAUCUGCCUCUAACACCAAAUCCGCAAAAACUCCAUCCUUGAACACCUCCGCUAGUCCAGUUGAUAAUCAUGAACAGAACCCUCAGUUUCAGCAGGAAACCCAAGGUGGAACCUGUAACAUAUUCACAGUGAAGGCUGAAUAUAAAGAAGAUAUUAUUAAAUUUGACUUCUCAUCAACAUCAAAUUUCGCUCAACUGAAGGAAGAAGUGGGGAAGAGGUUUAAUCUGGACUCGAGUGGUGUUAAGAUCAAGUAUCAUGAUAAUGAUGGUGAUUAUGUGCUAAUCACAGGUGACACUGACCUGCAGUAUUUUAUACAUAAUUCAGGACCAUCCGAAGGCAAGCCAGUUAGAUUGUUUGUUUUUUACUCGAGCAAAGUAUGCAUCAUUGACUAAUUGUAACACGACCUACAAGUUACCUUCAAAAUACUUGUAGUCUUGUAGAGUUGUAGGAUAUCGUUACUAAGUACUAACUGUAGUGUAUGUUUUUGAAAUUGUCAUGUACCAGCAACUGCAGCAACAAAUGUACUUUUGUUAACAUAUCUCAGAAUCAUAUGUUGAUUUUUGGGAAAGGGUGCUUAAAAGAUGAAUCAAAAUGAGAUAUUAUUAGAAAUGUAUAUUUUU